GAGGAUUUCUGCUCCUCCGGACCUGUUGGAUUGGAGCGCGGAGCAGGAAGGGAUGUGCGUGUCUUGGUAGUUGACUUGGCUUGCCGGAUGGUUUUUUGCAGUGAUGCUUUCCUGUUUUGGUUGCCUUUUGACUUGGAAGAUGCAGCUUUGCUGGUGAUGGGUGGACCCUGCUCGUUCCUGCAGGGAUGGGUCAUCUCCCAUUCAUACCCAGUCCCCUGUUUUGGAGGUCGUGGCUUCAGGCUGGAAGAGAAGCCCUGCAGACAGGCGAGCAACGGGUCCAGUGCCAAUGGAGGAGUCCUUCCCUCUCCCUUCCCCUGCGGUGCCCUCGGCUCGAGGGAGGAGCCCGAAUUCGUGACCGCUCGCGCUGGCGAGAGCGUGAUCCUGGGAUGCGACGUGAUCCACCCGCUGACGGGGCAGCCCCCUCCCUAUGUCGUGGAGUGGUUCAAGUUUGGCGUCCCCAUCCCCAUCUUCAUCAAGUUUGGGUUUUACCCUCCCCAUGUCGACCCGGAGUAUGCCGGGCGGGCCAGCCUGCAUGACAAAGCCUCCCUGCGCAUUGAGCAGGUCCGCUCCGAGGACCAGGGCUGGUACGAGUGCAAAGUCCUCAUGCUGGACCAGCAGUACGACACCUUCCACAACGGCAGCUGGGUCCACCUCACGGUCAAUGCUCCCCCCACCUUCACGGAGACACCGCCGCAGUACGUGGAGGCCAAGGAAGGCAGCAGUGUCACCCUGACCUGCAUGGCGUUCGGGAACCCCAAGCCCAUCGUCACCUGGCUGAGGGAGGGGGACCUUUUGGGUGCCAACAGCAAGUACCAGGUGAGCGACGGGAGCCUGACGGUGCUCUCCAUCAGCCGGGAGGACAGGGGUGCCUACACCUGCCGGGCGUACAGCAUCCAGGGGGAGGCUGUGCACACCACGCGCCUGCUCGUGCAAGGACCUCCCUUCAUCGUUUCCCCUCCGGAGAACAUCACGGUCAACAUCUCCCAGGAUGCGCUCUUCACCUGCCAGGCCGAGGCGUACCCCGGGAACCUCACCUACCUGUGGUACUGGGAGGAGGAGAACGUCUACUUCAAAAACGACCUGAAGUUGCGGGUGCGGAUCCUGAUCGACGGGACACUGAUCAUCUUCCGUGUCAAGCCAGAGGAUGCCGGAAAAUACACCUGCAUCCCCAGCAACAGCCUGGGCCGCUCGCCAUCAGCCUCUGCCUACCUGACGGUGCAGUAUCCUGCCCGCGUGGUGAACAUGCCCCCCGUCAUCUACGUUCCCAUCGGGAUCCACGGAUACAUCCGCUGCCCGGUCGAGGCAGAGCCGCCGGUCACGCUGGUCAAGUGGAACAAAGACGGACGUCCCCUGCGAAUUGAGAAGUAUUCUGGCUGGAACCUGCUGGAAGACGGGUCGAUUCGGAUAGAGGAGGCAACUGAAGACGCUCUCGGCACUUACACCUGUGUGCCUUAUAACGCCCUGGGUACGAUGGGCCAGUCUCCCCCUGCCCGACUGGUACUGAAGGACCCCCCCUAUUUCACGGUGCUACCAGGCUGGGAGUACAGACAGGAGGCAGGGAGGGAGCUGUUGAUUCCUUGCGCUGCUGCCGGAGACCCCUUUCCCAUCAUCGCCUGGAGAAAGGUCCUCUCGAAAACGGGGGAACCGGCUGCCUUGCCGCGACCGGAGAGACCAGAUCCCUUCCCGGUGGCCGGCGGUGUCCCCUGGGCCGCGCAGGUAGGGAAGCCCAGCAGGAGCAAGCACAACACGCUGCCCGGCGGCACCCUGCAGAUCCGCGCCCUCGGCAAGGACGACCAUGGCGAGUGGGAGUGCGUCGCCACCAACGUCGUCGCAAGCAUUACUGCCAGCACCCACCUCACCGUCGUAGGCACAAGCCCUCAUGCCCCAACCAGCGUGCACGUCGUGGCCGCCAUGACCUCAGCCAACGUCUCCUGGGAGCCCGGCUACGACGGUGGAUACGAGCAGACUUUCUCAGUUUGGUACGGCCCUCUGGUGAAGCGAGCCCAGUUUGGCCCCCACGACUGGCUGUCUCUCCCUGUGCCAGCUGGUUCCAGUUGGCUACUGGUGGAUACCUUGGAACCAGAGACUGCAUACCAGUUCAGUGUCUUGGCUCAAAACAAGCUGGGCACCAGCUCCUUCAGUGAGGUGGUCACUGUGAACACUCUAGCAUUCCCUGUAACAACUCCAGAGCCUCUGGUGUUGGUUACCCCACCGAGGUGCCUAACAGCCAACCGGACACAGCAAGGCGUCCUCUUGUCAUGGCUUCCUCCCGCUAACCACACCUUCCCCAUCGACCGCUACAUCAUGGAGUUCCGCGUCGCGGAGAGGUGGGAGAUCUUGGAUGACGGCAUCCCGGGGACCGAGAGCGAGUUUUUUGCCAAGGACUUGUCCCAGGACACCUGGUACGAGUUCCGGGUCCUGGCGGUCAUGCAGGAUCUCAUCAGCGAACCCAGCAACGUUGCUGGUGUGUCCAGUACAGACGUAUUCCCUCAGCCUGACCUGACGGACGAAGGUCUAGCCCGCCCAGUGCUGGCCGGCAUCGUUGCCACCAUCUGCUUCCUGGCUGCCGCCAUCCUCUUCAGCACACUUGCCGCCUGCUUCGUCAACAAGCAACGCAAACGCAAGCUCAAGCGCAAGAAAGACCCUCCUCUCUCGAUAACCCACUGCAGGAAGAGUUUGGAGUCCCCGUUGUCUUCCGGCAAGGUGAGUCCUGAGAGCAUCCGCACGCUCCGUCCCCCCUCGGAGUCCUCGGACGACCAGGGCCCCCAAGCCAAGCGGAUGCUGAGCCCCACCAAGGAGAAGGAGCUCUCCCUUUACAAGAAGACCAAGCGAGCCAUCAGCAGCAAGAAGUACAGCGUCUCCAAGGCGGAGGCCGAAGCCGAGGCCACCACCCCCAUCGAGCUCAUCAGCCGCGGACCGGACGGCCGCUUCGUCAUGGACCCGGCAGAGAUGGAGCCCUCCCUGAAGACGCGGCGCAUCGAGGGCUUUCCCUUUGUGGAGGAGACGGACAUGUACCCCGAGUUCCGGCAGUCGGACGAGGAGAACGACGACCCCAUCGUCCCCGCCUCCGUCACGGCUCUGAAAGCCCAGCUCACCCCUCUCUCCUCCAGCCAGGAGUCCUACCUUCAGCCACCAGCAUACAGCCCCCGGUUCCACCGGGCGCUGGAGGGUCCCGGCGCCCUGCAGGCCACCGGCCAGGCCCGCCCGCCAGCCCCCCGGGCUUUCCACCACCAGUUUUACGGUUACCUCAGCAGCAGCAGCCCUGGGGAGGUGGACCCGCCACCCUUCUACAUGCCAGAAGUCAGCCCGCUGAGCUCGGUCAUGUCCUCCCCACCGUUGCCCACCGAGGGGCCCUUUGGACACCCCACCAUCCCCGAGGAGAACGGGGAGAACGCCUCCAACAGCACGCUGCCCCUGGCGCAGACCCCCACGGGGGGCCGGUCCCCCGAGCCAUGGGGCAGGGCCGAGUUCCCCUUUGGCAGCCUGGAGCCAGCUCCCGCGCCGUUCCCCCACCAGCUCCAGCCCUGCGAGGCGGGUGAGGGCACCCAGCCCAGCGGCUGCCUUCCUCGGGGGCCACCUCCUUCCUCCCUCCAGGUGGUCCCCGCGUCCUACCCGGGCAUCCUGCCCUUGGAGGCACCAAAGAGCUGGACCGGCAAGUCGCCUGGCAGGGGACAAGCCUCGGUGGCCACCACCACCAAGUGGCAGGACAAACCUAUGCAACCCAUGGGAUGUCAAGGGCAGCUAAGACAUACCAGCCAAGGUAUGGGCAUACCCGUGUUGCCUUACCACGAACCGUCCGAGCCCGUCGGCCCCAGCGGCACAAGCACAUUCAGCCUGGACACCAGGUGGUACGAGCCCCAACCCCGACCUCGGCCCAGUCCUCGGCAGGUCAGGAGGGCUGAGCCCAGUUUACAUCAGGUGGUGCUACAACCUUCGAGGCUUUCUCCUCUGACCCAAAGCCCCCUCAGCUCCCGCAACAGCUCCCCGGAGCUGACUGCCCGUGCCCGGCCCCGGCCGGGCCUCAUCCAGCAGACGGAGGUGUCGGAGAUCACCCUGCAGCCCCCGGCCGCCGUCAGCUUCUCCCGCAAGUCCACGCCAUCGACGGGAUCCCCCGCGCCCAGCAGCCGGGGGGACAGCCCCAGCUACCGACCUGCCACCGCCUUCACCCCCGUGGCCACCGGCUACUCCGGCUCCCAGGGCUCCUCCCUGCCUGUGGACACCAUGGAUGUUUUCGGAGACAUCCCCUCUCCCAGGAGGGCCGGCGAGGAGAUUCUCCAACCGGAGCCGACAUCCACCACAGUAGCCGCCACGGGAAAACGUCCAUCUCCGUCCGGGGACGCUGCUGCACCUGAGAGGCUCGAAGCUCUGAAAUACCAGCGGAUAAAGAAGCCCAAAAAGUCAUCCAAGGGCUCCUCGAAAUCCAGAAAACAAUCCAACGGCUCUGCCUCCCAGGUUCAGCACCUUCCCAGCUCUCAGGUACUGUGGCCUGACGAAGCUGUCUGCCUCCGCAAGAAGAAGAGACACCCUCGUCAGGACCCCUUCGCCCGCCUCUCGGCGCUCAAGGACGACCUCUGCCACCGCCAGCUCCCCGAGGACCAGACAGCCAUCCUCAACAGCGUGGACCACGAGGACACCGCCGGCCACGCCACCUUGCUUUAAACCUCGGCCCCAGAAGGUUAAACAGGGGGUGGAGGGAGCCGACAUCACGCCAUGGGGGGGACGGAGAGAUGGGGGGAAGCCCGUACACUGUGCCACGGGGUUUGUGGUGGGGACAAGCUUGAGGGGACGGGGAGGAUGCUUGGGGCAUGGGGGCUCCUCGGAUCUGCUUCUCCCCCCAACCCAGAUGGCUGCAGUGGGGUGAGAAGCUGCGGGGGGGACAGGGGGCGUUGCAUCUCAGUUUGGGAAAGAUCUCUAGGGUUAAAAGGUGUAGACAGAGCUUUUGACGUCUGCUUCUGCAGCGCGCGUUUAGGGAGAAAGUGUGGGAUCGAGCAGCUGGCCCUCAAUCGCCGGAAGAAAUUAAAUGACAUGGGGUGUAAUUAAUUGACAAGAAACUAAGAACCCAGACGGGAACUGGUAAUCCCAUGAAUCUGAUUACCAUAAAAACACGACCAAAUAAUCCCAGGAAAGCUGUAAUUGUGAAAAUCUCCCUGCCUCCCCCUUCCCAGCCUCCUUUUAUGUGAAGAGCAACAAAACCAUUCGUGACAUCUUUCCUUACCUAGCUCUGAAAGGGAAAACCAGAAAGACCCCGAGCCUUCGAAUCUGUCUGAGAUGUGAGAAAUCACCAUUUGUCUGUGCAAAUGCAUUUGAACCUUGUUAACGUGUACUUACCACUGCGGGCGUGCAGGUAUGGGACUGUUCCCAUCCAAGGGUGUUUUCCCCCGAAGUACGGUGCGUGUCAGCUCUGAUGGGGGUGGUUUUCAUUAAUUCUUCCUGAUGCUCCGUGUAUCGCUGGCAAAUGUUCUUCAGUGCUGUGUAGUGUGAUUUCUGACUACGGUAACAUUUGUAAUCUUGAUUCAUAACUGCAAAAUGGGGAGAUGUCCCAAUCAAAUGGGAUUUGGUCCCAAAAAGCCUCCAUUGGCAGAUGCUGAGCCCCGGCGAGCGUGGCUGGAAACCCCCAGCUCUGCGGAUGGAGACGGAUGGCUCCUCGGAGCGACCGCGCAAAGCUAAGCUCAGCGUUUCGCGUCAGCUUAAAGCACCUUGCUGCUGGUUUCGCUGUUUUUCCCCUUCUUUCUCCUACUCCAGCCCGGCCGUGUUGGCUGUGACACCCGCCGGGGUUGUGUCCCCUCCCUUUGUCCCAUCCGAGGAGAGCCGCUGUUCCCCUCUCGGUAAUGCUGUUCUAACUCUUCACCGGAAUGUAUUUCCUCUUCAAAAUACUUAGGGUAGGUUUGUCGGCCGGUGGUUUUCUGGAUUGCAUAGGCCUUUAUAUUUUAUUUGUUUUAGCAGGAAAGGUGUAGCCCUCCCCAAGAACAGCCGGGCUCGCUUUCCUGCUCUGCCUCCACUCUCUGACUGCGUGGCCUUGGGCAAGUCACUCAACCUCUCUGUGCCUCAGUUCUCCCAUCUGUAAAAUGGGGAUAAGUCAUAGUUGAGCACUUCGGACAAGCACUGGGUCGCCUGCAGACUGCAAGUGCUCUGUAAAUGCCGAGUGCUAACACCAAGUGAUCCCUACCUUUAAAAUAUUUAUAGGUUUGUUUGGGGUUUUUUUGAAGUGGUAAAAUCAGCCGCUACAUCCAGGUUUGCACACUUCUUCCUCUGCAGUAAAGUGCUAAACCCUCCAGCCUGCCUGGGAAUAAAAUACCAAGUGUUUCAUGCGGAUAUUCUUGCUUUGAGUGGAUUCAGGCAGUCAGGAGAAUUGAAGAGCCUGCAGGCAUGUUUUUUGCCCCAGGCCCUCCAUUUGCAUACAAAACAUUUGUUUAUUCCCAGGUAGAAUUGCCAAGAGAUUCUCCGCAAUCUCGCCUUUAAUUCUACUUUGCCUUGGUUAUUGCUCUUGCUGCUGGUUGAACCUCGAGGGGCUUAGAUGUUUGGAGAAAGACGUGAUGCUUUUGGCCAGGCAGCCGGGAUACAGCACUCCAACCACGCCACGCUCCCCGGGAGCUUUUAGGUUGGAGCCUGUUUAUCAUUCUGCCUCCAAAUAUCUGGUUUUGGAGGCUGUGCUUCAUUUCCCAGCAGGAUGCUUGGAAACCCGUAGCCACAGAAAGCAGAGCGCCGUGUCUUUUCCAACCUCGAAGCCCUGACGUAGGUUUGAACCACUUGACAAUGAAUCUGCUAAAUCGAUAAUGAGAUAUUUCUGAGCUUUAACAACUUUGUGUAGAUGGUCUUCAAACCGUGAGUAGGUUUGUCUCGUGAAGGAGGGAGGGCCUCGUAGAAACGCCCCUCUCUUUCCAGCCUUGCACCAGGGCUUUAUAUCAAGUACGUGAUGAGUGACCUAAUGUAAGACCCUCAACCAUCAGAAUGUGAAUUCAACGUCGCUAACAGUAUGACUGCAAAUUUCUUUUAUUUGAGUGUGUUUUAGGGAUUCCCCCUAGAAUCCGCUCGGAUCUGAAUUGAUUUAAUGCCAUUUGCCCGCUUGGCAGCGGGGGGAAUAAUAACCAAAACCUCUGCCUGGUUAACUUCAGCUCGCUGGUAACUUCAGCAGUGCGGCGAGCCGGCGUGGUACGGUGAGCGAUGUGGUGACGGGCCGGGAUGCUCCCGAUGGACAGGUGACAAUCGGGGACAGGGGACAGCCCUGCUGGGGGGAGGCAUGGAGGCUUCGCGCUGCCCGUGCCACGGUUCACUCGCUCUUCCUUUCGCUCUCGUUGCCUCAACCUCUCUAACCAGGGGUUGCUUUUUCAUUUGAGUGCUUUCCAAACUAUUUAUGAUGCCCGUUUGUACGGGCAAGGCCGUGUCUUCAGGCUCCUGAGGUCGCUACCUCGGGACCGUGCCCCCGUCCUGUCUGAAGGAGCUCUAGAGGACUUUGGAGCGCAGGGAAGGUUUGACGGAGCGCGCCGGCUUGCUGGGGUCAGUCUUUUGAGAGUUGUUUUCCUUUUGCAGGUGUUUUGAGCCGCCGGGCCCCCCCUGCUUUUCAUGGUCCUCGACCUUUAGAGGCUGGAGCUCUCUCUUUCAGCCGUGUACCUGCCACGCUGCUGGAGUGGGGAGUCCCGCCCGGGCACCUCGUGGAAGCGGCUCUUCCCUAAAAAACCAUCCUUAACUCCUUUCCCUGCUAGACCGAGUUACCUUCCGAUAGACUCAGGCUGUGCUUUGGCAGACGGGCUCACCUCUUGCUUUGGCAACCUCCUCGCUUCUCCCAGCCCUCUGGUUUCCAUGCCCUUCUCGCUCCAUCUCUCCUCCCGCGGACCUGGGACGUCGAAGCCGUGUCAGACGAUGCCAAACACUUCCCCCAUUUCAUCCCUGUUUGAACUCCGUUUCGCUUUGGUGGUUUGCAAACACAGCUGCUGCUGCUGCUCCAUUUUUUUUUAGUUUUAUUUUUCCUUUCAUGCUGCAAAAUAUAUGUUGAUUUUUAUCUUCCUGGGCCAAACUCUCUUAUUUUGUAAGCUUGUCUGAGGUAGAAGGCUCUUGCUUCACCACUAAGCGUACAAUUCCUCCCUGCACCGUGCAAGCGCGGUGUGUUCCAUUAGGUCCCUUGGAAAAUCCUGGGCCAUGGUGGAAAAAACACCUCUGAAUCACAAGAAUAUUUGUCCCUGGGCACCAGCCGGGCCUUGGGAGGUACUUGCUGCGAGGAGGGGAUGCUCCAGCACCGUUUUUGCACCGCUGUGGGGUUUUGCAGGAUUUGGCAGCCCCAAAGUGGGGGAAUGAUGUGGAGAGGUAGGUACGGGAGUGUCGCCGAGACCCCUUGGAAAGAGGGGGUGCUGGGGGGUGCCCCCGCACCCUCCCCAUCACACCCGUGGCAGGCGGUGGGGCAGGGAAAAGGCUUUGCCUGCUUGUCCAGCGGGAGCCGCUGAGAUAUCAGCCGUGUAUUUUUAAGGUCAUUUUUCCCACAGAAGCUUGGUUUAGCAAUGUUGAUGUGAAAGAAAAUGCAGGUUAGUAAGUGGGGAGAGAAAGGAGCGUUUGGGGCUUGUUUGCAGGGUCCCGUUUCGGUGCCUGCUGUUUACUGCAUCCGCAGGCACUUGGAGCGAUGGGUUUGUAGGAUGGGGGAGCUGGAGGGUCUGUCACCCCUGACUUGGGGGCUGGUUUGUGGUUGCUGGUGGACCCCAGGCUGUUGAUCUGAUGUUCGUCUCCCUUUAUAGCUGGUUCAGCGCCCCCUGCUUUGGGGGAAGGCUGGAGGUGCUGGUGUUUGGUUGGAUAAAUAUAAAGGGAAUAACAACUUUGCUGUACCUUACUCCAGGGCUGUUGAGGGCUCAGGGUUUGUGCUCAGUCGUGUCUCAUGGCAUCUGGGCACGACACAGGCAUUCGAGACUUAUCGCUGCUGGUAUCUCGCAGCUUGCAUUAGGACAAAAUCUGCUUGGCAUUUUGCUUUCUCCUCCUGCUGCAGGCAGUGAUGUAGAUUUGGGAUUUCUCUGGAGUUUUGGGCUGGUUUCAGCUGCAGUUCUUGGCUGGGGGUAUUUCUGGCGAGGCUGGACCGACUGCCUUGAGCGAUUUCCAUGUGUCCUGCGUGGGCUCACUGUGGCCCCAGGCUGGCAGAGCUGCUGCUUUUUAUGGAAGGAACCGGAGUAAAACACACUGUAAAUAUGAGAUAUAAUAAAUACAUAGGGAAGCAUAGGACAAGGGUAGAUAGGUAUGCAGAAGUCCAGUAGAUUUGCAUGUCGGGGAUAUGUUUGUCUGUAAGGGAGAGCGUUCAGAGCCACAGUGGAGGGGAUGGAUUGGGAUGGGUAAAGCUGGGUUGGGAGCAGCCAGAGCCGGGGAUUUAGGAACAGACAGGCACAGCAUCCCUGUGCAUGACCUGCAUCCCUGCUGCACACAAUCAGAUGGUGUUGUUUUAUUAUUAUUAUUAUUAUUAUUCCCCACCAUUUUUGUGCUUUGUUCAUUGUAUAUGACUCACCUCAGGGCUGUGAUGCUGAGAAGCAGGAGGGACAGGUCCUCUCCUCUGCGUGACCAACACACGCAGGGCGUGACAUGGGCCAGAGACGUCACGUUGCCUCAUCUCUGGUGCAGUCGCUUAAAGAAAAAGCAUCACCACGCAGAAGCCCUUCUCUGAAGUCCCUCUAGAUGCUGCUCUCCGGUUACUCAUGUGAAAGCAUUUUGCUUUGCUUCUGUUCUUCCCAGGAAAGCAUGAGUCAGAAGGGAUGAGAAGGGUACAGCUAAAUUUGUCCCUUGGGCUGAGGAACACGGCGCCGGCCGUGCCAGCCAGUCCCAGUGGUGGCUGCUGGGCAGGACAAGAUGUUCUGCACAGUGUCUUUUCUUUUUCUUUUCUUUUAAACCUCAUUAACGGGACUUUUAGGAUCUGAAGCACAGAGGUAACUCAUUCACCAGUGAUGCCAGAGCCAGUAUUGGCAAAAUGUCCAAUGACUUGGGUAUGGGGGUGGCCAGAUUGAGGCUGGAUGCCCAUCGCUCCCCGGGAGCCCAUCCCCGUGCUGCCUGGGGUAACCCUGAAAGAAAACAGGAUAUUUACUCCCAUUUCAGUUUAGUUGUCUGGUUUGGUUUGUUUUUUCCUUUUGCUGAAUAUUUUUACUCCUCUUGGCUUGUGUUUGCCGGGGAGGGGAGGCUGGGAAGUGCAAUUUGUUCCUAUUAGAGGUGACUGCUGAAAUCUGUUGAAGCCAGUACUGGAGGCUGGGGAAGCACUGAUGGUACCUCUGAUUUGGCUACGCCUAUGCCAGCAAAAGAAGAAAUAUAGUGUUAAGCUUAAUUUUCAUGGGUCUGUACAUCCCCAUGUGGUGAGGACGGGUGCGGAGGUGCUGGUUUUGGAAAGAGUCCCCGUCCCUGGGCGCCAUGUUUUCCAGUUUUCCCCAUUUCUAGGUGUUUUAGCCCAGCAGGUUUGUCUGUUCCUCGUCAUUUGUGUGGCAGUGGGUGUCUUGCUGGGUGACCUCAGGACAUGUACCGACGAGCAUCCCCAAUCCCCAAAAAUCUGGCUGGCUUUUGAUACGUGCAUGGACGGAGGGAGGGAGUGGGUGAGAACAAUGCGGGGAGAGGGGCUGGUCCGGGCUGAGGGGGUUUGGAUGUCGAAAGCAUGCGCUGUAGUGGUAGCAAGGGGUUUUAUACUGGUUGUAGUGGGGUGGGACAGGCGGUAUGGAGGGGCUGGCAUCCCCCAAGGGAGGAGAGUUUACCCAGAUAUUUGCUUUACCAUCGAAAUGACGAUUUCUCUCCUAACCGGGGGGGCUUUUCUUUUUGUUCUCCUGAGAUUGCAGGGGACCAAGAGGGCUGCAAUGAGGGUGCCCAUCUUCUUGGGACAUGCAGUCCUUGGUCUGAAAGCCCCUCUGAUUUCCACCCUCUCCCCCCCAGCACUUAUUAAAAAUAAAACAAACAAACAAAAAAAAAAGACUUGAGAAAUGAGCCCCAGUAUCUCUAUCUAAAGAAAUGAUAUUGGUGUAUUAAACCUGCAUUGUAUAUAAAAUUAAACAAAUAUAUAUUUACUUUCUAUUUUAGAAGGGGGGGAAGAAUAAAUAUUUAAACUAAUUCCUUAGUAAUAGGUGUCAGAAACUUCUGUGCAGCAUGAGAGAGGCUGUCAGAGGUGGGGAGAGUCCGAACAGCAGGAGCAGAGCGAGUAUUUUUACAUUAUAUUGCGCUUUGGCUUCUCUGCUUCUCCAUCCACCUAUAAAUAGACAAAAAAAUAUAUAUACAAAUAUAUAUAUUAAAAAAAAAUUAAUUAUAUAUAUCUAAAUCACAUAGCUGUUUUAUUUUUGUAUCCAUGCCUAGUGCUGUUUGAGCAAUACGGUGGCGAGGAAGAGGAGGGCUGGGCGAGGGGCUCCGAGGGGGAUCGGUGGCUUCAGUCCCACUGCUGACCCGGCGUUGCUGUCGCGUUGCUGUUUCCAUAGGGAAAAAUAAAGUUAAAAGGGAAAAAGCCCAUGGAAGAGGGGGGAGCCCAGGCGCCCCGUUUGCUGCCAGCUCCACGGUGGGGGCUGCGUGUUGCUUUUGGGUUUUCCUUUCAGAGCAAUCAGACAAAUCUCAACUCCAAGGGUGCUAUUUCCAGCGGGAAGGACGGGGCUGGUGGCAACCCAGUGGCAUGGGAUGGGGGGGACACCGCAGGGACGAGCUCCCCGCGCCGCUACCUUGCUGGAUGUUGUCAGCCACCCGUCCUCAUAAAUCCUUCGGGUUUCUGGAGCCCUCAUAUGGUUUGGAGAGUAUCUGGGUGGCUGUGGGGGGGGUCCCCACGUCUGGCUGGAGGGGGCACGUUCUCUAUAGGCAUGGUGGGGAAAAGGUGCUGGGGAUGCUCAGGGCUUUCCCUGCAAAGCAAUAUGGACCCGCCGGCCCCCUUUCCCCUUGUGAAUUGGGGUAAGAAGAGCCAGUUUGGGGACCGAGCGAUGCCAGGGAGCGGCAAAGCAUCCCCUUUGGGCAACGCUUAGGGGACCUUCUGCUCCCCUUGGGAUGGGUCCCAUGGUCCUUGGCCCCAUGGGGGGCCCAGUUGCUCGUUGUUUUGGGGCUCAGAUGUCCCUGCAGCGAGGCAGGGGACAAUGGUGCAGACCCCGGGUGCUCCCAUCCUGCCGGGGCCAGGCAGAGGUCCCUUGCCAUUGUCACGUCGUGUCCCUGACGGGCCGAGGCACGAAUGUAAUACCUGGGAGCUGGACCCUCGCAGCGGCACCGUGUCCUCCGUAGGUGUCACCUGUAUUUUCCAUUAUAUUUCUGUCUUCUUUGUUGGGGCGGGGGGGAGGAGGGGGGGUUUGGGGAGAGAUGUUUCUAAUAUCAAGCCAAGAGUUGUUCAGCACCAAUUCUUGAUAUUGAAGCAAAGCAUGUUUGAUGGGACUAACUUGCAUUAUUAGCGGUAAAUACAUAAGUGAGUAUUUUAUAUGUUUAAAGAGAAAAGGAUGUGAGGAGAAAAAGAAGGGAUGAGAUUUCUCGCCCGUUGGUGUCACGGCUGGGGGGCUGUAUUGCCUCCCCCAGCCCAGCUGGUGGGGCUUUGGGGUGUUGCUGGGGGGCGAGCAGCUUUCUCCUUUCCCCAUCUCCCCCGGAAUCACUUACAGAAAAGAAAACAGGACAUAAACCAAUAGAAAUGUUUACAAAGCACACUUUCCACAGUACCGUUAACCCUCUGGAUGCCAAACAGACACAUAAAGAGCCGCUCCUCCCCGGGCACCGUGGGCCCAAGGGGCGGCCGCACCGUCCCGCUUCCCUUGGCUUUAUUUAAUUUCUUUUGUUUGGUGCACACAACCUCGCUUUCUCCAUCCAUGUGCAUCUAGCAGGAGCUUGCUUUUUGGGGGGGGUGGUAUUUGCUUCCUGCCCCAUCCCGGGAUCUUCCCGCUUGGCUGCUGGGAGCGGUGGGAAAGCACUCGGGGAGGCUUUGGCUCAGUGGGAUAUGCCGGUGCCCGCUCCCUGCCCUCCCACAUGCACUUUAAGGCCAAACUCCUAUUUGUAUUUUGCUCUUUGGGGCAGGCAGGGAUGCUCCCGCAGCCCCGGGGAUGCAGGACAUUCCGCACGGCUGUGCGGGCUCCGCUCCCUUUGCGAUUCCCGCGUGGGAAAGCCUGAUAGAAAUCGUCCUGCAAACACCUGCGUUGCCGUAGGUUCCUCGAGUCCCAUCCUUUGGGUAUUCGGAGCUUUUACCUGCGUGCCAGCUCCCAGGGGAGCAUCCCUGGAUCCCCCAGGGAGCAUCCCCGGCUCUCCCGGGGAGCCCAGACUUUUUAAUCCCUUUUGGUAGGUUUGUAGAGUCUCUGAACCCUGGUAGAAACCUCCACAAGUAGCUCUUGAUUUAAUAUUCCCUCCUAACUCCAUAGUGUUUUCCCCUAAGGCAGGAUUUUCUUCCCGACCCAACAGGUUUCUGGUUGCGUGCGACAACUUUUUCCUCUUUUUAAGAAGAAUUUCUUGCCUAUGGAUAUAAAGACUAAACCAUCCAACCUCGUUUCCAUUUCUUGAAUGUCGAGUAUUACGAUGUAUAACACACGUUAGGGUGCUCUUUGGUGCUGUUUCAAUGGUAACCAGUGGAACUGACUUUUUUUAAUAACAAUAACAAUAAAGGAAACUUUAGUACCGCUGGUUCCGUAA